AUGGACGAAUCGUCGCUGUUGGAUUUACUGGAGUGCUCGGUGUGCCUGGAGCGGCUGGACGCGAGCGCCAAGGUGUUGCCGUGCCAGCACACGUUCUGCCGCCGCUGCCUCGAGAGCAUCGUCAGCUCGCGCCGCGAACUGCGCUGCCCCGAGUGUCGCGUGCUCGUCGACUGCGGCGUCGACGAUUUACCGGCCAACAUCCUGCUCGUGCGCCUCCUGGACGGCCUGAAGCACCGCGUGCCCGUGCGGCCGUUAGGUACCGCGUCGCCCCCCGGUACCGUGGUCCGGGACUCGCCCAGCGCCACGCGCAGCUCUCCAGUCAAGAAUGUCCCUCAGCUGCCCUGCGGCAAGGCACUCUAUAACUAUGAGGGCAAAGAGCCUGGUGACCUCAAGUUCAACAAGGGUGACAUCAUCAUCCUGCGACGGAAAGUGGAUGAGAACUGGUACCAUGGAGAACUGAACGGUAGCCACGGGUUCUUACCGGCGAGCUAUGUGCAGUGCAUCAGGCCGCUGUCACAAACACCGCCACAGGGGAAAGCACUCUAUGACUUCGAGAUGAAAGACAAAGAGCAGGACAAAGACUGCCUCACCUUUGCAAAGGAUGAGAUUCUCACAGUGAUUCGCCGAGUGGACGAAAACUGGGCAGAAGGCAUGCUGGGAGAUAAAAUCGGCAUUUUUCCCAUUCUCUACGUGGAGCUGAAUGAAGCUGCCAAGCAGCUGAUGGAGAUAGAUAAACCAGUCCCUGGACCUAGUGCUGACUCAGAAACCCCAGCAUCCUGCCAUAGUGAUGGCCAUGGUGACACCCCACGGCAACGGGCAGAAGGAAAGAAGAAUGCAAAGAAGCGUCACUCGUUUACAGCACUGAGUGUGACACAGCGCACGGCACUCACAAACAAUAACCGCCACUCCAUGGAAAUCAGUGCGUCUGAUCCAAGAGCAAGGGUUGGAGAGUAUGCACAUCUCAGCUCUAGCGCUCCAACCUCACAGGACUCAUCGUUUAAUGCCGGAGCAGUGGUACAGCCCCGAGUGACUCCAACCUCUGGAGAGCUUCUCGCUGCUGCAAAAGUUCAGCUUCCUCUAAACAUUUACUUGGCUUUGUACGCGUAUAAGCCCCAAAAGGCAGAUGAGCUGGAGCUGAGGAAAGGAGAAAUGUACCGUGUGAUGGAAAAGUGCCAAGAUGGCUGGUUCAAGGGAACUUCACUGCGCAGUGGUGCCUCCGGAGUUUUCCCUGGAAAUUACGUCACUCCUGUAUCCAGAGCACCGUUUGCAGUUGGCCAAUCACGUGCUUGCAUUCCCGGAUCAGUGAUUAAGCCGGUUCCUUGUUCUCCUGGAUCGCCCCGCCCCUCCAGUCCAGUCUUGAUUGGCCCUGCUUCUCGUGCUGUCCCUCACAUGACCACAAACCCUCCACCUUCACUGGUAACAAGCCACGCCCCUUCACUGACCUCAAGUCCUGCCUCCUCCCCUCACCUGAAGAAUUGUCUGCGAAUAUGCAGCCAGCCACAGUUGGGAGGCAGUCCUCACUCCUCCCCCUCUCGAUCCCCCACCUCUCUGUGUACCCGCCCUACAAUGAUCUCAUCACCUCAGGUUCACCCAGUUAGCUCACUCAACUUGGGCCUCACCCACCUGAAUGGGGUGGAGCCUCCGGAAUGUCCAUCAUCACCCAAGAUGGAGGAAAAGAAAGCCGAGAAGAAAGAAAAAAAGAGUGGUGUCCUCCUCAAGCUGCUGAAGAAGAAAUCUCGCUCGCCACCUUCCUCAUCUCCGACUCACGACCCUACUUCCUCUUCCACGUCGGCGUCCUCCUCAUCCUCCACUUCCUCCUCCUCUUCUGCAGCCAUUCACGGGGCCACAGCGGCAGAUUUUCAGGUGUUUAGCCGCGCUGGGUCAUGUCCUAUUGAGAGCGACCUGCAGGGAGCCGCGGGCAUCGAACCUCUGAACAGGAAGUGUGGCUCUCUCGACCUUGACCUGGUACCACGCCAGCCAUUCCCCCCCCCCACAUCCUCUUCCUCAUCCUCCACUUCCUGUUCCGCGAUGCUGGCCAUCCGUCCUGAACCCAAACCUUUAUCACGUGAGAGAUAUCGUGCUGUGGUGCCGUAUCCUCCCCAGAGUGAUGCUGAGAUUGAGCUGAAGCAGGGCGACAUUGUUUUUGUUCACAAGAAGCGUGACGACGGCUGGUAUAAGGGAACUCUGCAGCGCACCGGACGCACUGGCCUUUUCCCUGGCAGCUUCGUUGAGAGCUUCUGA